AGCAGAAAAAAAAAACUUAAUGUUAUUGGGUCGUGAAUUGCAUCAACGGUGCAAUUUGAAUUUCUAUGGUGGUUGAGAGUUUAAUAGACAGAGAAGCUUCUGUUAUAGUGCAUAUCUUCUUAAUCUACCACUAUCUAAGGACUAUAUUUUUAAAAGAUUAAUGCAAGAUUUAAACUAUUAGUCUAUGAGGAGAGUUUUGGGUCGCAUUUCCUAACUCUUUUUUUUGCGAUGUUGUUGUUCGGUACUUCUCUAUUGUUCUCAACUUCCGUUCAAAGGCAUCUGAUUGUGACGUCGUUGAAUGCUAGGCCUAAAUGGAAUGAGUGAGUAGUUCAUUAGAAACAACCAUGGUUGUUCAUGGAAUGUCUAAAUUUCAUUACUCUUUUUUUGUGGGUGGUUUACUGCCUUUGUGACGAAAGUUGGUGGCUUCUUUUGUUUAUGACGAGCCACCCUUUUUUUUUAAUACAUGUAAAUAGGCUAAAAGCUAUGGGCUAUAGGUUCUUACUAUAAUUAUAUCUUCCUUAGAGUUUGUUUGUAGGCUUCACAUUCAAAGUAUUGUAGUAACUGUUCAUGUAAAAAUAGUGAUUAUUAUAGCAUUCUUGGUCUGAUAAUUAAGUUCUCGAAUUUGUUUUAUUGUUCAGUUGUGCAUAUGGGUUCCUGCUGAAAAGGUUGUUGAUUGAUCUCCUUGGAUUCCCACCAUCAAUGCUAGCAACUGCAAUCUUUCCUGCACAAUGCACUAUUGCUGUGUCUAAGGAGUGGAAUAGAACCUGCGAGAAGCAUAGCAUCCAUGUUAAAGACCGACUUUUUUAAGCAUAGUAUGCUUUUGAGGAAUAUCAAUUUAUUGACAAAUUUUCACAGAGAUGUUUGAUUGUGUCCCUUCUUUUAGUAUAACAGGGAAUGCUCAAAAAUGAUGGUUUUAUUCAAUCAGUAGGCAGCAAUUGAGAAGCUUACUGGCGCGCACUUAAAGUAAUUUCAUUAGUGAAAUUAACAAGAAGUCAAUGAACUGAUUGUUAAAGAUUCAUAUUGUCAGGCUUUGGGAAAAUAAUUUCGCUACUGAAAGUAAUUUCAUUAGCAAAAUUAACUAAAUCCGGAUCGUAACAAAGCUGAUAGUCCUUUUUCAAUUGUAGUUAUUUUGAUGGACGAAAAGGUUGUGUUUUUUACUUUAGACUUACUUCUAUUUUGCUUUGUUUACAUAUGCGUUAGUAUGUGGAAUAACUUAGUCUUAUAAACUAAUUAUUUUUUUAGGGUGACUCUAGCAUUGUGUUUAUAUUCUACUUUUUCUAUUUCGCAGAAGCUCUUUAAUUACUAAGCACAUUGAAAAAAGACCAAAAUGAUGUUAAGCUCUUGAAGAUCCAGGUAUUCUUCUCUUCCAAGAGCAGAGUCUGUUUGUCGUUGUAUAUAUGAGAGUACAGUCAAGAUUCUCUAUAAACUUAUAUCCACGAUGUGCUCUUUCAAGAUCACAUAUUUCAUUUAAAACUUGGGUAAUCAUGUCUUAUGGCUAGAUAUGAUGUUAGAAUGAUAUAUGAAUGACACUUACAACUCCAGUGAAGGAAGUUGAACUUGCUUGAUGUUUUGUGUGAUAUCUAUAUGCCAGUAUUUUGAUGUAAAUAGAGAACUGGACUUUUAAUCUUUUUAAUGCCAUGGCACUUGCUAUAUCAACAAAGUGCAGUGUCACAUUUACAUUCCGUUCAUGAAACAAACAAGGAAUAAAGCAAAAACCAUUAUAGGUGUAUCAAAUCAAGUAAAUUAAAUUAGCUUUCUUUUGCUCAAAGCUUUAGAACACCCAACUAUUUAGCAAGGAAAUUUUACUGAAAUUUACAGAAUUAUACUAACAAUGGAGGGAACCAGAAGCCCAAAAUUUUCAUCAUGAAGAUUCAGCACAAUCAUCUUUAUGCUUUAGAUAAUAAGUGAAGCUGUUUUUUACUCUAAUUAUUUGGACAAGAUGCUAAUAUAUGUAUGAAAUUAUGAUUGUGCAAGUAGUAGGAACCUCUAAUAUGGAAUUCCCUUCACUGAGAAAAGUGAGACCAUAGUUUCAUUUAGAUGUAUGUACUCAUUGUGAAUGGUCAUAGUAACUGUUCAAAGAACUAAUAAAACAAUGGUCAUAGUGACUUUUCAAAUUUAUAUUGUUUGUAAUUACCUUAUAUUAGGUGCUUAUCAGCUAAGUGUGCAUGCUUUAUCAUAGGAAGAGUUGUUCCAUCAAGUUGUAGAAGUUGGAAAACUGGUUGUUGAAAGCUUUAUUGGUAUGUGAUUAAAUUGAAAGUACUUUGGACAUGGCCGGCUAAAUAAAUCAAUUUCUGCUAUCUUUUAACCACAUUAUUUUUCUUAUUUGGUUUUUCCCCAUGGAGUACUUUUUAUAUCUGAAGUUUGUGAGAAAAUAGUUCCUAAGAAGAGAUUAAUAUUUCAGCCUAUUAGCUGCUCAAGGUACAAUAACUUUGGUAGUAUUUAUUGUGCUUAACUGAGUUAUGAUGAGAGCUAAGUGUCUAAUUUGUUCUUUAAAUAUUAGUCUUGCACUUAUGUUAGAAUAGUGAUCGCCAAGUGUACGAUAAGGUUGCUAUAAAGUACAAUGGAAGGGAGGCAAACACUAAUUUUGAGCUAAGCAGAUAUGGAGAGGACAUAUGAAGGGGAAUUAAGUUCCAAGGCUGAUAAUGGAGCUAACUACUGAACUUGGGAAUUAGCUGAUGACCAGCAUGACACCCAAAUGGGAAACUCUGAAUUCCGGCGUGCCUCGUGUGGUUUGCCUGAAUAUAGUGCUUAUAUGGCUUCUUUUGAAUUUUAUGAAAGUUUUCACUCUAAAGCUUAUUCGUUUCAAAGUUUGCGGAGUGUAAUAAUGGAAGAUAUCAAUGGAGUUAAAUGCGACAACUCAACAAAAGAUAUACUAGUUCUCGGAUGACUAACUUUGAGUAUUAUUGGUUACAAAUGUAUUGUUGCGCUUCCUGUACGCUUCCCGCCCCCAUCUCUUCAACCUACCGCCAAAAUCCAAAGAUUCAAAAUGCCUUAAGCAGAAGAGAGCAGCGACGAGUAAUGGACGACCAGGAUGAAGCUCUUUCAUCAUCAUCAUCCGAACAUGACGACUCGAGCGACGAAUUCGUCUGCGAUCCACAGGAUAAUGACGACGAUGAAGACCGUAAAUCGCAAAAUGUUGAUGCUCUUCUGAGGGGUAACCUUAUUGUGAAAAGACAGUCCCUACUUCCACGAGUCUAUUCAGUGACAGAUGCAGCAGCCAAUCUUCGAAAACCAUUCAAACCUCCAAGUUCCAAUGGUUACAGUAGUACCAAUGAGCAUCUAGCCCGCCGUCUUUGUGCUCGUAAAAAAUUUGUGCCAUGGGGGUCAACAAGGCCAGUGUUUAUUGCAGUUACAAACAGGUUAACAGCCCCAGAAUCUGCUGAGAUAGAUGUGGUGGAAGACAAUCUAGAGCUGCCACCUGGUGUUGAACCUCUGGUGUUGUGGCAGCCCGAAGAAAUUCUGGAGGAAGGCUGUAAUUUAGUACCUAUAAUUGUGGAUCCGUUGGUUGUUAGGUUCCUUCGUCCUCAUCAAAGGGAAGGGGUCCAGUUCAUGUUUGACUGUGUAUCAGGUGCACUUAGUACCGUCAACAUUAAUGGGUGCAUUUUAGCUGAUGAUAUGGGUUUGGGGAAGACUCUGCAAUCAAUCACAUUACUUUACACUCUUCUUCGCCAGGGAUUUGAUGGAAAACCAAUGGUCAAGAAGGCGAUAAUUGUGACCCCUACCAGUCUUGUUAGUAAUUGGGAAGCUGAAAUCAGUAAGUGGGUUGGAGAAAGAGUUAAACUUGUUGCUUUAUGUGAAAGCACCAGAGAUGAUGUUGUGUCUGGCAUAGACAGUUUUAUCAAUCCUCAUAGUAAUUUACAGGUAUUAAUUGUUUCCUACGAGACAUUUCGAAUGCAUUCUUCAAAAUUUAGUGAUUCUGGAUCAUGCGACCUUCUCAUAUGUGAUGAGGCUCACAGAUUGAAAAAUGAUCAAACACUGACUAAUCGAGCAUUGGCUUCUCUAGCAUGCAAGCGUCGGGUUCUGCUAUCAGGGACACCAAUGCAAAAUGAUCUAGAAGAGUUUUAUGCCAUGGUUAAUUUCACCAAUCCAGGUCUCUUGGGUGAUGCUGCACACUUUCGGCGUUAUUUUGAGACACCAAUAAUUUGUGGUAGGGAGCCCACUGCCACUGAGGAAGAGAGGAAAUUAGGAUCUGACCGCUCUGCUGAACUGAGUUCCAAAGUUAAUCAGUUUAUUUUGCGGAGGACAAAUGCGUUAUUGUCAAACCACCUACCACCAAAGAUAAUCGAAGUUGUUUGUUGCAAGCUGACACCGCUCCAGUCAGAGCUGUACAAUCAUUUUAUACAUUCGAAAAAUGUGAAACGAGCUAUCACCGAAGAAGCAAAACAAUCAAAAAUCUUAGCUUACAUAACAGCUCUGAAGAAGCUUUGCAAUCAUCCGAAGCUGAUAUACGACACGAUACGAAGUGGAAGUCCAGGGACAUCUGGUUUUGAGGACUGCAUUCGCUUUUUCCCUCCAGAAAUGUUUUCUGGAAGGUGUGGCUCAUGGACUGGUGGAGCUGGGUUGUGGGUUGAACUGUCAGGAAAAAUGCAUGUCUUAGCCCGGCUACUGGCUCAACUUCGUCAGAAAACAGAUGAUAGGAUUGUUUUGGUUUCCAACUAUACACAGACACUGGACCUUUUCUCUCAAUUAUGCCGCGAAAGGAGAUAUCCCUUCUUAAGACUUGAUGGAACUACAUCAAUUAGUAAAAGACAGAAGCUAGUUAAUAGUUUCAAUGAUCCAACUAAGGAUGAGUUUGCAUUUCUGUUGAGCAGCAAGGCUGGAGGUUGCGGUCUUAAUUUGAUUGGUGGGAACCGUCUGGUUUUGUUUGAUCCUGACUGGAAUCCAGCCAAUGACAAACAGGCAGCUGCAAGAGUCUGGAGAGAUGGACAAAAGAAGAGGGUCUACAUCUAUAGGUUUUUGAGUACUGGAACUAUUGAAGAAAAGGUGUACCAGCGUCAGAUGUCAAAGGAGGGUCUUCAGAAAGUUAUUCAGCAGGAACAAACAGAUUCUGAUAUCCAGGGAAACUCUCUCUCAGCAGAAGACCUGCGGGACCUGUUCACAUUUCAUGAUAGUGUGAGGUCUGAGAUUCAUGAAAAUAUGAGCUGCGACCGUUGCCAACCAGAUGCAGUGAUGCCAGAUGACAAUACCAUAGCUGAGUUCAACACUCAGGAUCAUCAGCCUGAUCAAGAGGAUAUUGGGGGAUUUGCAGGUGCAGCUGGUUGCUUGCAUACAUUACAGAGCUCAGAGAAACAGAUAGGAGCUCCCAAGGAAGAGGACAUAGCCAGUUGGGGUCAUCAUUUUUUCCCAAAAUCAGUUCCAGAUGUAAUUUUCCAGUCCGCAGCAGGAGAUGAGGUUUCGUUUGUUUUCACUUGCCAAGUGGACGGGAAGCUCGUGCCUGUUGAAUCAAAGCCAAAACAACAGGUGGAAAAUAGAGAUUCGCCUCAUUUCAAAGGAAAACUUAUGAAGUCCACAUUUUCAUCUCCACGUCAAGCACCAUCACUACAAACGUUGUCAUCAAGCAAGCCAUCCAGUGAGAAAGAGAACUCAUUUCCAAAACGGGAUAUGAUAUCACAAGCUCAAGGACUUUCAGCAUCAACUCCUAAUGGAAUUUCUAUGAGUACAUUACCUGCAUUUUUCAAACCUUUGAAAAAGCCAAGAAGCAAGUUAAAUAGACCUUUAGGGGAUACUACACUAUACGAGAAGAGCAAACUCUCUUCCGAGAACCGUUUGCCCAAAAAGAGAUUAUCUCCUGAUAACAUAUAUGAUCCAAGAAGCAAGUUAAAUAGACCUUUAGAGGAGACUACAAUAUACGAGAAAAUCAAACUCUCUUCCGAGAAUCGUUUGCCCAAAAAGAGAUUGUCUCCUGAUAACAUAUAUGAUGAUGAUGAUGAUUUUGCCUAGAUAUUGGUUCCUUUGUGUUGUUUCCUUCUUUUGUUUCAGUUUUACGUGGUUGCACACAUUAGCAAUUUCCGAAGCUAUCAAACCAGUGCUAUAUGUUUCCAUUAUAUCGGGUCCUCGGUAAUGAACUGAAAUAGCUCUUACUAAGUUUGAUUAAUGAAAACAUUUGCACUGAAGACAUUGGUAAAAUUUGGUGGUUUGGCUCAUUCUUCGGGCCUCAGUUCAGGGAAACACUGGCAUAAGUCAA